UAUCCAUACUUCACUUCAACAGUUCUCCAUAAGCUUCUAACAAGUUGUAAAUAAAUAUCCUGGAAAUCAUGGAAAAUUUAAAAACAGCUGGAAAACUGGAACAAAAUCUGCAAAAACAUCUAUUUAGCUGAAGUGAAACAUGACUGAAUCUGAAUGCCAAAACUAUCUACUCUUCAGAAUUUUGUUUGCAGCAUUGACCUGCUACAUUUCAAAUACAGGAGUGAAAUUAGAUGAUGAAUCAAAACAUGAACUUAGGCUCCAUUCAGAAACAAAUGGAAGAGACACACAUUUCUGGGAUCCAACCAAGACAACCUUAUAAAUUAGGUGGAGGUUGCCAAGCAGGUGACCAUCUAUGUAAUUUAAACCUGCCAUCUCAAAGUUUCUACCCAUAUUCAUCUCAUUAUACAUAUAUGCAUAUGAAUUACAGCAGUGAUUGGGAAAUUUUUGAAGCAGUAAAAAUUCAGGAAUUGGAAGAAGUCAAAGCCAGAGCUGCCCAAAUGGAGAAGACCAUGCGCUGGUGGUCAGAUUGUACUGCUAACUGGCGGGAGAAAUGGAGCAAAGUUAGAGGAGAAAGAAAUAAAGCCCGAGAGGAAGCAAGACAAUUGAGAAUCAAAUUAGACAGUGCGAUAAAAGAAAUAAGUAUGCUUAAAAAAAUAAAUCAAAAUUUAAUAAGUGAGAAGGAAAACUUAGAAAAUGGAACUGGUUGGAAAACAGAAUGCAGUUGCUCAGAAAUAUAUUAUGGUAAAAAAGAUGGAAACCUGUUAACAUUUCUGGAGCCAGAACCUGUGAAAGAACUGAGCAAAAUCAUCAAAAUUCCUCUGGCAGAAGACACAAAGAAGGAUGUAGAGGCAAACAAAGACCAAAGCAAUUACAAUAAAAAAAUCAUUCCAAAGCACCUUAGUUUCUUCCCCGAUGGACUUCCCAGUACCUGUUUGGAGGAACCUAGAAAAAGUUUGGACACCACAGCUAAGACAACUGAGAAUGACUUAAUACAUGUUUCAGUCUUACAUUUGCAUUUGGCUGAGAUUAAGAAAAUCUUACAGAAGGAAAGAGAAAUGAAUGCAUUUCUGGAAAAAGAAAUGGAAAAGAUGGAAAAUGAAUUAUUUCUUUAUAAAUGGAAAUAUGAAGAACUGAGGCACAGCAAACUAGAAAACCUGAAACAGCUGGAAAGAAUGCAUUGUGAGAAUACCUCUGAAUGGGGAAAGAAAGAACGACUUGAAGCAGAAAAACACAGUUUGGAAGAACAGACUAGAAAACUGAAACUACAGAGUAAGGAGAUGGAAGAAAGUGAACACAGGAUUUGGGAUCAGACAAAGUUCCUUGUAUGUUGCUGGAGAUUCUCCCAAGACAGUGAGUGAAGAUGUGGGAGAUCAUCAAACAGCCCUGCCAGCAGCAAGACCAACACUAAAGAGGAGAGGCAAACAAUUUAUAUUAUUCAUAAAGACUUACAUAAAAAUGUAAUUGAAGAAGUGCAUGUUGAACAUAUACAGGAACACUGCACGCAUUGUUUCUAUGUAUUACUUAUUUUUUUGAUAGGAACAAAGGAAACUAUGUCAGUGGAUACAAAUUUAGAAUUUUUCUUGGCCAUUAUCUGUCCUUCCUUUCCACUUGUCUUAAUGGCUCUCUUCUAAAGCAAAAUGUGGACUUUAAUUAACAUGUCCUAUAUUUUACCUUUGGGAAAUGUACUCUAGAAUGUGCAUGACAUAUGAGAGAGGUUCACAUUCUGUCCUGCAAAGACAGUAAGUCUGAAGUAGAAGUCAGUGGUUUACUUCUUGCUUUACUUCUGCAUUUUGCUUUCAUGUAGCAGUGAGCAAAUACAUCUGUAUUUCAGGUCCUCCAGUUCUAUCAGGGUGAUGUGUAUUACAAUUUUCUUUCAUUAAAAAAAAUUGAAAUUAAAGAAUAAAAUUUAUUUUAUUUAAAAUACCCAAAUACUAUCACAUAUAUAUUUAGAUUAAAGAAGUACCAAAUUAUAAUUAGUUGCUGUUUGCCAUGUACAAUUGAUGAUGUGUAUUUGCAGAUUCUAUUGCACAAGGAUUCUGUGAAUUUGAUGUAAUUGCCCAGCAAUAUGUUUGUUUCAUAUCUUAUGUCCCUAUAACUGAGAACUUGUAAGAGAAUUCUGGUUGUAUUUAAAGCCACUUCCUUUCUAAGAGGAGAUUGUGUGAUCUCUUGAUUUCUAUUUUAACCAUACAAAAAUGGAAAUAAAUUAAAGGUUGUUAAUAACAUAGCAAUAGCAUUUUACCCAGGAAUUCCCUGAGCUGCAAAUGAUUGGAAUCUGUGAUCUACAUAUUUUUCUGACCCUCCCUGAGCUUUUGGCUGCUGCUGAAGAUAGGCUGCUAAAGCAGAAAGAUCUGUGUUUUGACUAACUUCAUACUUUCUUAACCCUCUUUCAUGUCUAUAAAUGUCUAAUCAUGUCUAAUCCCAGUCAUUGCCUCUCAGGAUAGACUAAGGGAAUACUGUCUUUUUCUGUUGUCAGUAGCUAAUACACAAGUUCAUCAACAAGGUAGACAGAGAUACU